AUGGAGAGCUACCAAGCAAUGAUUUCCAACGCUCUGCUUGCAAAGGCUACGGGUCAGGCACUGGAGCAGGCUUCGGCCAAGUUCGGUCAGGCCGCUGCCAACAAACCCCAGGAUGCUAAGCCUCGUCUGAUGUUGAUGGGUCUUCGCCGGUACGGUGUCCUCCUGAGCGGCAAGUCUUCCAUUGCCAGCGUUGUUUUCCACAAGAUGCCGCCCAAUGAGACACUGUUUCUGGAGUCUACUACCCGAAUCCAGAAAGAUUCAAUUCACUCGUUCAUGGACUUCCAGGUCUGGGAUUUCCCCGGUCAGCUGGAGUACCUUGAGCCGUCUUUCGAUCUGGAAAAUAUUUUCGGAAGCCUGGGAGCCCUUGUCUGGGUUAUUGAUGCUCAGGAUGACUACAUGGACUCGGUGGCACGUCUGAACCGCACAAUCCUGACCGUCCAGCAGUACUACCCCAACAUCAACAUUGAAGUGUUCAUCCACAAGGUCGAUGGACUUUCCGAGGAGUACCGCACCGAUACCUUCCAGGAUAUUGUCCAACUCAUCUCGGACGAGCUGAGUGAUGCUGGAUACGAAAAUGCCCCGGUUCACUACUAUCUGACUUCGAUCUACGAUUACUCUGUUUUCGAGGCGUUUAGUAAAGUUAUCCAGAAACUGAUCCCUAACCUUUCCACCCUGGAAAACCUGAUCAACACUCUUGGCAACAACUGCGGCUUUGAAAAGACUUAUCUCUUUGACGUUCUGAGCAAGAUCUACAUUGCCUCCGACACCCGUCCUGUGGAUAUGUCCUGCUACGAGAUGUGCUCGGACUACAUUGACGUGAUCGUGGAUAUUUCUGAGCUUUACUCGUGGGAUCACCCCGACCGCAAGCCCAAGGGAGACCAGAACCAGGAAGCGGAAAGCCACGUUGUUCUGCAUGAUGAGACUAUGAUCCAUCUGAUGGAAAUGAACAAAUAUCUUUGCCUCGUCUCUGUUAUUCGCAACCCUGAAUCCAAGGAUAAGAAGGGACUCAUUGACAUGAACUGCCGUACCUUCCAGGAGGCUCUUAACGACGUGUUCUCUCGCAGCUGGGAAGAGGAACAGGCUCAGGGAGAGGCAGUCGAGCGCACUGAGCGCGGAGCGGGCCACUAA